AUGGACCGCCUCGCGAAUUUAGACCUCAACGGGCGGGAGAUCAAAAAUCUCAUGUCCAUUGCACAUGCGCUUGCGACGGAUGAUGGCGGCUGUGUUAACUAUAAAUAUAUUGAGCAAGCCUCAGUCUCAAACGAGGAAUAUUCUCGAGAGUUUAAUCGUAAAGAAGUGAUUCAGUGCCUCACUGAGAGCCGAGUCAACGUGCCGAAUGAAGCAAGCUUUGACGAUGUUAUUGAAGAUCUUGCCAGCAAAGCUCGUCCGCUGAUUGAGACGCUCAAGUGCGGAAGGCUGCUUGCGACUAUGGGUGUUCGAUUGCCUUGGAGGAAUAGCGUCAGAGAGCUUUGA